GAAUGCGUUAAUAUGAGUACCAAAAUAACAUUUGAAAUAAGUUAUAAUCCAGAAAUAAAUAAAAAUUGGCCAAUUAUUUAUUUAGAUCCUGGAAAAUAUCAUUAACCGCUAUAUAAAUAAAACUAUGUAGUUUUACAGAAAUAACUAUUAUUAUGAAACGACGUUGUUUUAAAAUGUACUUGUAACACCGUGUGCCCUUUCUCUUCCUACGCCUAUGGAAUGUGCGGUUACCUUGGCAACCGCUUUGUGGCUGUCAACAACAUGUUUUGUGGUUAACAAUUUCGUUGUGAAAUAAUUAUGAUUGUUUUAAAUAUUCAAAUUAACGCUGAGAAAACGUUUGGAUUAUACUGCAAAAAUGAUAUUAUAAGGUGUAAUAAAAAUAUUUAUUGUAAUAAAUACUCAGAUCGUUUACAUUCUUAAGAAAAACCUGUUAGUACUUAAACAGUAACAAAAUGCGUUCUUUACCAAAAUGGGUUGAUAAAAUCCAAGAUAGUGACAAAAUAGGCCAAAGUAUCUACGAUCUCUGUUUUAACCCAGACGGAAGCCAACUUAUUGUGGCAGGAGGCAAUCAUGUUUUAGUAUACGAUACUAACGAUGGCAGCCUUAUCCAGCUCUUAAAAGGGCAUAAAGACAAAGUACAUUCUGUAAAUUAUGCGAGAAACGGAGAAAAAUUUGCAAGCGGCAGUGCUGACAAAACCGUUAUAAUAUGGUCCAAUAAACUAGAAGGCCUGCUGAAGUACAGUCACGGCGAUUCUGUUCAGUGUGUUGCUUUCAAUCCGUUGUCGCACCAACUAGCUUCUUGUGCUUUGACAGAUUUUGCUUUUUGGAGCGCAGAGCAAAAAGCCGUUCAGAAACACAAAACAAACGUUAGAAUUAACUCCUGUUCUUGGACGAAUGACGGUCAGUAUUUGGCACUGGCAUUGAAUAACGGUGUGAUAUCCAUCAGAAACAAACUAGGGGAAGAAAAAGGGAAAAUCGAAAGGCCUAACGGUCCUGCCAUAUGGGCUCUAAGCUGGAGUACCAAUAAAGACGAUCAAACAGACACUUUGUGUGUAACUGACUGGAGUAAAACAUUGUCCUUUUAUACUUUAGGUGGUAAAUUAGUGGGGAAAGAACGAAAUUUAGGAUACGAAGCUUUAAGAGUUAGGUAUUUUCCUCAAGGAGAUUACAUUUUAAUAGGGGGGUUAAAUAAAACUUGUACGAUGUACACAAAAGACGGAAUAAAGCUGGGCGUUAUAGGGGACCAGCAGAACUCAUGGGUAUGGUGUUGCGAGGCCCAUCCGAACGGAAAUUUUGUGGCUAUGGGAUGUGAGGACGGAACUAUUUCCUAUUAUCAGCUCGUUUUUAACAUGGUUCACGGGCUGUACAAGGAAAGAUACGCGUUUAGAGAGAACAUGACUGAUAUUAUUAUACAACAUUUGCUGACCGAGCAAAAAGUCAGAAUUAAAUGUCGAGACCUCAUUAAGAAAAUAGCGAUAUAUACUGAUCGUCUUGCCGUUCAGUUGCCCGAAAGGGUGGUUAUUUACGAACUCUACUCCAAAGACAUCAGCGACAUGCACUACAGAGCUAAAGAAAAAAUUACUCAAAAAUUGGACUGUAGCUUGUUAGUCGUUUGUACCGAUCAUCUUGUAAUAUGCCGAGAAAAAACACUGCAGAGCAUGUUUUUCUCUGGAGAGAAAGAGAAAGAAUGGCAUUUCGAGAGUCCCAUAAGGUACAUCAAAAACAUUGGAGGGCCUCCUGGGAAGGAAGGACUGCUGCUGGGGCUCAAAAGUGGACAAGUCUGGGAAGUACAUUUAGAUAACAUCCACCCGUUGUUAAAGGUAACUACAAACGAGGGCGUCAGAUGUCUGGACUUGAGUCAGAGAAAAGAAAAACUUGCCGUGGUCGACGAGACGGGACUGUGUCAAAUAUUCAACGCUAAAACGGGCGAACUCUUCUUUCAAGAAACAAACGCGAAUAGCGUCGCAUUCAACAACCUCUACGAAGACAUGCUCGCUUUCAGCGGCAACAAUACCUUGUCCAUCAAGGUUAUGGAUUUCCCCGCCCAUACUCAGAAACUAAACGGGUUUGUCGUCGGUCUGAUGGGUUCGAAAGUGUUUUGUUUGAACGGGUCUAACAUGAAUACCCUUGAAUUGCCACUGAGCGCUCCUAUGUACCAGUAUAUCGAUAAAAAAAUGUUUAACGAAGCUUAUAAAGUGGCUUGUCUGGGUGUGACGCAGGGAGAUUGGGAGGAAUUGGCGCAUUCGGCGCUGGAACAUUUGGAAUUCGACGUUGCCCGAUUGGCUUUCAUCAGAUUGCAGGACUUCACGUAUCUGGAACUGAUACACGAACUACUAGAAUUACAGCAGAAAGGGGAUUACCCUCGAGAGGUAAUGAUUGGAGACAUCAACGCCCACAAAGGCAAACUAAAGGAAGCGGCCAAGAUUUACCAGAAGGCGGGCCAGGAGUACAAAGCGUUAACGAUGUACACGGACCUGCGCAUGUUCGACGAAGCACAGGAAUACCUCGGUUCGAACGAUAACAGCGACCUGAUUCGCAGGAAGGCCGACUGGGCCAAGAACAUAAACGAGCACAAGGCAGCCGCCGAUAUGUACCUGUCCAUAGGCGAGAUAAAGCCGGCGAUAGAGAUAUACGCCGAGAAAGGAUGGACGGACCAGUUAAUAGAACUGGGAAGACGCAUCGAUAAAUCGGACAGAUCCUCGCUGCUGGCCAUAGCGCAGCAUUUGAAACGCUUAAACCAAUCGUCGGCAGCUGCGGAAAUUUACCGGAGGCUGGGGGACUCCGCGGCCGUCCUGCAGCUGCACGUCGAAGCCAAAGAAUGGUCUCAAGCUUUCGCGUUGGUGCAAAACCAGCCCCAGUACAACGCCAUCGUUUACGUUCCGUACGCGCAGUGGUUAGCGGAGAGCGAUAAGUUCGUGCAGGCGCAGAAGGCUUUCCAUAAAGCGGGGAAGUCGGAAGAGGCUUUUAAGGUUUUCUUCCAGUUGACCGACAACGCGGUCUCUGAGUGUCGUUUCCACGACGCCGGUUAUUAUUACUGGAUAAUGUCGCAGCAGUACCUCGAUUUGUCCAGGAACAACAACGACAAACGCGAUCAGUAUUUGAAACAGUUCGAGGUUAACGAGAAGCUAGCGGAGAUAUACUACGCCUACAAUACCGUACAUAAAUAUUUGGAGGAACCGUUCACGUCCUACAUGCCCGAAGCACUCUUUAAUAUAGCCAGGUUCGUUAUGAUAGAAAGUUCGCAGUUGGGCACCAAGGGAGUGUCGCAAUUCGCCAUCCUGUACACCCUGGCGAAACAAGCGAGGAAACUAGGUGCUAACAAAUUGGCAAAGCAACUUUUCGAUAAGAUCCAAACGUUAAGGGUGCCGCAUAAAUUUCAAGAACAAGUGGAGAUAGCCGCCAUAUCCUCCAGAGCUCGACCCUAUAGCGAUCCCGAAGAGCUGCUGCCUAUGUGUUACCGGUGUUCGACUUAUAAUUCUCUUGCAGCCGUUUCAAACGAUUGCUUUAAUUGUGGCCAGAGAUUCGUGUACUCGUUUGUGAGCUUCGAACUGCUCCCGUUGGUGGAGUUUCAGUUGGAAGAGGGGAUAACCGACGAAGAAGCCGUGAGGUUAAUUGAAACUCCCCCUUCGAAGGUAACAGACGAGACUUGGAAGGAGAACGUCUCGGAAAACCAACAAAUGCUGCAGUUAACCGACGAUUCAGAGGAAGAAAAAGACCCGUUCAUGUCGAAGAUUAUGAAACACGAAGAUUCCAACACGUUCUCGCCUAUCGUCGUAGGGAAAAAGACGUUACUGUCUUUGGACGGUUCCAGCGUUUUGAUUUGCAAAUGGAGCCCACCGUUGAGGUAUCAGUAUUUCAGGAACUUGUUGCCCGAUUUGCACGUCACGAUAUGCGAGUCUUGCUUUAAGUGCUUUCACGUGGACGACUUUGAACUGCAGCUGCUGCAGAAUGGGCACUGCCCGUUUUGUCGGACCCCUCCCGAUAACGUGGGAUUGGACACCGGUGAUGAACUUGUUCUAUAAACUCUGCU